UGACUUCUGAUCAGAGCAAUUGAGGGUCGGAGUUUUUCUGAAAGGUGGAAAGGAAGGGGUUCUUUUUCAUGUAGACUGGAAGGACUACAACAAACUUGGAGUGACUGCACUUUUCACCCUAGUUCGGCAACCCUGCUGCCCUUUAAUACACAGAUGAAUGAAGACUCCAUUUGGAAAGGCGGCCGCUCAGCGAUCAAGAGCUGAUGCAGCACAUGCAGGUGUUUCUGCAAAUAUGAUGAAGAAAAGAACAUCUCAUAAGAAACAUCGAAACAAUAUGGGACCAAGUAAACCAAUCUCCCAGCCAAGGCAAAAUAUUGUAGGCUGUAGAAUACAGCAUGGGUGGAAAGAGGGCAGUGGGCCAAUAACCCAGUGGAAAGGAACAGUUCUGGAUCAAGUACCAGUGAAUCCCUCCCUCUAUCUUAUAAAGUAUGAUGGAUUUGAUUGUGUCUAUGGACUUGAGCUUCACAAGGAUGAAAGGGUGUCUGCUCUUGAAGUUCUACCAGACAGAGUUGCCUCAUCCCGAAUCAGCGAUGCCCAUUUGGCUGACACAAUGAUUGGUAAAGCAGUGGAGCAUAUGUUUGAAACAGAGGAUGAUUUCAAGGAUGAGUGUCGAGGGAUGGUAUUAGCACGAGCACCUAUUAUGAACACAUGGUUUUAUAUAACCUAUGAAAAGGACCCAGUCUUAUAUAUGUAUCAACUUUUAGAUGACUAUAAAGAAGGAGAUCUUCGGAUCACGCCAGACUCAAAUGAUUCCCCUCCAGCUGAAAGAGAACCAGGGGAGGUUGUGGACAGCCUGGUGGGCAAGCAAGUGGAAUAUGCCAAAGAAGAUGGCUCAAAAAGGACUGGCAUGGUUAUUCAUCAAGUUGAAGCUAAACCAUCUGUGUACUUCAUUAAGUUUGAUGACGAUUUCCAUAUUUAUGGCUACGAUUUGGUGAAGACAUCCUAA